AUGAUAGGUACAGACUCCUAUCAUAUAGUAAUUGAAUUUCCCGAUCUCCAGGACAAAGAAGCCAUCCUUGAUUACCGCUACUCACAACUUGAAGUUCAAUCCAUCAACAACACAAAGAAGAAGAAGCCCUUUAAAAUGAAUAGCAGAGAGCCUAUCAAGGCCAAAUUUCUUGGUGAAGGAAUUGUUCGUCUCUAUCGAGAAUUUGAAGAUGACAGUGACAGUGAUGAUGGUCCAGAAGAGGUGAAAAGUACUGUGGUCUCCAAUCAAGGCGAUGAUACUAUGUUAUCCAUCAUAUCAAUCCCCACAUAUUUCACCGCCACAGAUGUGCUAGGGUUCAUUGGUGAGAAAUACAUGGCAUAUAUUACACACAUAAGGAUUCUAAAGAGUGAGAAGCCGAACCGGUUCUUAGUAUUGUUGAAGUUCAACGACUUGGUAAAGACGGCUGAAUUCCAAUAUAAUUUUGAUGGUAAACCAUUCAAUUCCAUGGAACCCGAGGCGUGUCAUGUGGUAUACGUAAAGUCCGUUCGGAUUGAAUCCCCCAACUCACAAGAUACUAAGUUAGUAAAAUCUACAAAUGAUGCGUUGAUACCGUUUCUUCUAAACGACCCAUUUACGUCUCCAGAAACCAAAACUUCAACCGAUAACACCACUUUGGUAGAGCUCCCGACAUGCCCAGUUUGCUUGGAACGUAUGGAUGCUGAGGUCACCGGCUUAUUGACAAUUCCUUGUCAACAUACGUUUCAUUGUCAAUGUUUAUCUAAAUGGAAAGACGAUACAUGCCCUAUUUGUCGGUAUUCUAAUAAUGUUUCCAAUCAAAAAGUUCGAAGAUCGAUCAGAAGGCUUCUGCAAUACAGUUCUGCGAGAAUGCAAAGUGUAGCGUUGCCCCAUUCUGCAGCCGGUGGGACUUCUACCACAUCUGAAAGUACUACCACCGGGAGGUCAUCUCUAUUUGACUCUGUUUCGGAAGAAACAGAAACUUGUGCUGAGUGCUCUACCAUAGACAAUUUGUGGAUAUGUCUAAUAUGUGGUAACAUAGGCUGCAGUAGGUAUGCACCGGAACAGCAUUCACUCAAGCACUUUGUAAACACAGGCCACUGUUUUGCGAUGGAAAUGAGCACAUCCAGAGUUUGGGACUAUGCAGGGGAUAACUAUGUUCAUAGGCUUAUUACCAACCAAUCGGAUGGAAAGCUAGUUGAGUUGCCUGAGAAGGGUUCUUCGAGUUCAGAUAAACCAAACAGUAGUAUCGAUAAGGUUGAUGAAGUUGGAUUCGAAUACUCGCAGUUGUUGAUCAGUCAAUUAGCAAGCCAGCAAGAAUACUAUGAGGCAUUGUUGAGCGAAAAGAAUUCAGGACAUGCUGUUGGAAAGUCUAGAAGAGGAUCCUCGAUCACUGAAAUUAUGAAUACGAAAGCUAUAACAAAUCUAGAAAUCAAGGUGGAUGAAUUGACCGAGCAGCUUAGUCAGAUAAACCUUGAUGUGAUCCCGUCAUUGAAGGACAAAAUCAAGCUCAAAGAUGAGAAAAUCAACAGAUUAUCCAAGGACUUAAAUGAGUCUAAAAUGUUCAAUGAAACCUUGUCCAGCAAAGUUGAAUACCUCACAAGUUCUAAAACAGAACUUGAAGCCCAGAAUCAAGAUUUGAAUGAGCAAGUUAAAGAUUUGAUGUUUUUCCUCGAAACACAGGAAAAGUUUAAGGAUGAGCCUCAGGACGUUAAGGAUGGAACAAUUGUAAUUCAAAAAGAUGCCAAAUCGAAGAAAGGAAAGAAAAAGCGUUAA